UCUUUUGUCGACUUUACGAUUACAAAAACAAAGCAAAUUAACGCAGAUAGUAAAUUUGCAUAUUUUGUUUAAUUAGUGUAUUUUAUUGUAAUAAUAGUGAUUAAGAUAAGACUGAAAGAUAAGCUGCUGUUUUUGGAAAAACAACAAAGACUUGAUUGUUGAAAAAUGUGUGUUAUAUUUUUCUAUGUUAAUUCCAAUCCUAAUAAGGAUGGCUAUAAAUUAAUAUUGGCCUCCAAUCGUGAUGAGUUUUAUGUACGGAAUACAAAGCAAGCUGGCAAAUGGUUGAAUGCUGAACAUGUUUAUGGCGGUAUUGACUUAGAGCCUGGUCGUGAAGGUGGCACUUGGUUAGCUAUUUCCGGUAAGGAUGACAUUUUCAAAGUGGGGGCCUUAUUAAAUCUAACGGGAGAGCCUAAACCAAAAAAUGCUGAAGUUACGAAUCAUAUUCAAAAAACCCACCAUACAUACCACCACGAACACAACAAUUGCAACAAUAAACCUUCCUUGUUAACUACCGCAUCAAAUGGUUAUACGACUCCUAAUAAUACCUCUAAGAUUUCUUAUAAUACUUCUACUAUUGACUUGAAUAAUCCAACCUCAAUUCCACUACACAAUAAUAACUCUUUACUAGGAAGAGGCAUGAUCGUUUCUGACUAUGUUCGUAAUUAUAGCAAAGACUUCGAUAAUGUCAAUUACAAUCAACAGCUGGUGGAUGAUUGCAGCAAAUACAGUGCAUUUAACUUUGUAUCUAUUGAAAUUGGUCCCCCCUCAACUCCGGCUGCUAUAACUCUAUGCAGCAAUGUACCAGCAGGCUUAGUGCACUACAAUGAAAAUACCUGUUACGGUUUUGGCAAUAGUCUACCUGCAGUUCCUUUCGAAAAAGUUAGCUAUGGUCGUAAUACUUUUAAAAAAAUCAUUGAUGAUUACCGUCAGCAAGAAAACCCAUCACAAGAGGAACUCGUUAAAAAAUUGAUGGAUUUACUCAAGUGUAAAAAGAAAUUUUGGCCAGAUACAGAACUUAAACGUCGAGCUCCUCUGUAUGGUGAAUAUUUAAGUGCUUUAAAUGUUUUAAUACCCGAAACUGGUUAUGGCAGUCGUACGCAUACGGUAAUAUUAGUAGAUGCCAAUAAUAAAAUGCAUUUCAUUGAAGAAACUAUGCUCACCGAAAGUCCAGAAGGCGAAUGGUCUAGAACUCAUAUUAAAAAGCAAUUUUUUGAAAAAUAAUUAAAAUUUGUUAUACAUUGUUUGUGCGUUAGUUAUGUUUAAAUAUGUGUUUUUUUUUUGUUUUACUACCAUAUUAUUGUGUGUUCUCUUUAAUUAAUAUUUUACCAAAUAAUUUAAACUCAGGUUGUUUUAUUUAAUAACUUUUUUAUUUCACAGAUAAUUUUCUUACAUACAGUUAUUAUGUAUUAAAUAGUAAUUAAAUUUUAUUUUUAUAUAAAAAAAAAUAUUGAAAACUUUUAACUUCUUUGCAAUAAAUAUACACAGCUUUUGUUUUAAAUUGGAGAAAAAAAUAAAAACAUCAUA